UCCACAACUCUGCUCUAUGGUUAAAGAAUAACUGAAUAUAUAUUUCCUCUUUUUCAUUUUCUGUACCACUGCCAACAUUUUACUGAUUAAUAGUUCAAAGAAUAACAGUAACUGUAUGUUUACACAACAACCCCAGCACCAUUAGCUAGCUACCUCAACAAACAGACCCCCGCCAUGAGUUCAAACUCGCAGGAAAUUACGUCACUAGCAAACAACACACAGACACAGGGAAGACAGCGAGUAGUAUGGGCUACACACGAUUCCAAAUUCUGUGGAGCGACUGAUCAAACGUUAACCCUGCAAACAGCCAACGACAGAAUGCAAACAUGGAAUCUGCAAAUAAAGGUAAAGCAAAGCGGAGACAUCUGAACUCAUCUGCGUGCGUUGGUUUGGGUCAGAGUAGAGAUGGGGCUCAACCUCUCACCGAACCCAUAAUGGUCCCUCGGAGCAGCAAGGACCCCAACCGUGGACUAUACCCCAGAAGCCCCACUAAGAGACGAAGACAAGCCCCAGAUGGCGCUGGCCACCAGAAAGACAUCACCCAGUUUUUCCCUGUCACUGGUGUUGUGAGGGUCAGCCCCCAGAAAUCAGUCACCCCGAACAGAGAGGAGAAAGAUGGGAGGGCCGAGGAGGUGGUGAAACCCUUGAAGAUCAAACAGGAGGUGACAUCGGAGGAGGAGACGACCCCUGUUAAACUAAAAAUGGCGAUUAAAGAAGAGAUUAAGGACGAGGAGAUGGACUACAUGGAAGGGAUUACAGAGGACAUGUUUUGGGGAGAUGAUGACUUUGAGCGCGAGGGUCUUACCCCCUCAAAGACAGACAAUCCAAAUCUGGACAGAGGCGCCGGCUGCAGCAGCUGGGGGGCACAGCCGCCUCUCAGCGCCCCGGCCUCCCGGAGGCUCAAACUGGAGGAUGAAGAUUUGGAUGGCGAGGGAGACCCCGCCGAGCCUCUCCCUGACUCGCUGUUUGGGCUGCUGGGGGUGCGCGAGGGGCUGCUGGAGCCCCAGGGACGCCUCCAGGACCUGCCUGGGGAGGUGCUGACGCAGGUGUUCAGCCUGCUGCCCGCCGCCGACCUCUACGGGACCAUCCAGCGCGUCUGCAGAACUUGGAGGAACAUAGUCACUGACCCAAAGUUCGUGCCAUGGAAGAAGCUGUACUACCGCUACCAGCGGCGUGAGUCAACAGCAGUCAAGGAGCUGGAGGCCAUCUUGAGGGAAAACCACCUGAUUAAAGAUGAACUCAGCCUGGUCAACAUGUUCCGGUACAUGUCUGGCUUUAAGCACAGUAAGCGUGUGGAUCUGGAGUGUGUGCUGCAGAGUGUGAGCACACACCGCCUCUACCCCCAAGCACUCGCCUGCAUCACGUACCUCAAGUCAGCUCAGCCGCCCUCCAGACUGGAGUGUGUCAUGAAUGCUGUUCCAAGCAUCACUGGGGGGCCGAGUCCAUGGUGUGUGAUGGCAGUGAUGCUGUUGCUGGCAGAGGGGGUGGGGGAUGUGUUGGAGCUGGUGCGUCUGCUGCGGCGCACUGACUGCCUGCUGUCACCAGAGGGCGUGAGUGAGUACCUCUGGGCCGUCGCCACCCUGCUGCUCGCCAUGAAGGACAAGGGAGAGUACGUCUGUGGCAGGUUACACUAUAAUAUCUACUAUGUGCUGCAGAUGUUGGAGAAUGCACCGCUCACUCUUAACACAAAUACCUCACCUGGGGUGUCGGAUGUGCGGGUGACCCACGAGCAGCAGGUCAUCCUCAGCCAUGACAUCCAGCCAAAUCAUGUGGUCAAAAUCAUGGCCUUCGCAGGCACUGGAAAGACAACUACUCUGGUGCAGUACGCACGCCUGCGGCCACACAUGCGGUUUCUCUACGUGGCCUUCAACAAGUCUGUGCAAACACACGCCCAGGGCAGCUUCCCAUCCAACGUCCAGUGCAAGACCAUCCACUCCAUGGCCUUCAGCGCUGUGGGAAGGAGGUACCAGCAGCUGAAGAAGCUCUCUGCCGCUCUCAAGCCCUUCUCGGUGGCCUGGGUGCUUCCCAAAGGCUGGGGGGGCUUCGUCUACGCCAAGGUGGUCAGCCAGACAGUCAACAACUUCUGUGCCUCGCGGGACGAGCGCGUCAUGAGCCAGCACGUGCCCUCUGAGUACCGCAACCAGCGCGGCGUCAUGGAGCACCCCGACGAAGAGAAGAGAACGAUGUUCGCAAGCUUGGCACAGAAUAUCUGGAACAAGAUGGCCGAACUGACGCCCACCAGAGAGACGGCACAUCAUAUGACCCAUGACGGUUACUUAAAGCUAUGGCAGCUACAGAAGCCUUCCCUGGAAGGGUAUGACGUCAUCUUCAUAGAUGAGGCCCAGGACUGCACUCCAGCCAUCAUGGACAUCAUGCUGUCCCAGUCGUGUGGUAAGAUCCUUGUGGGCGACCCUCACCAGCAGAUCUACACCUUCAGAGGAGCAGUCAAUGCACUCUAUACUGUUCCCCACACACACCUCUUCUACCUCACACAGAGUUUCCGGUUUGGACCUGAGAUCGCUUUUGUUGGAGCCACUAUACUUCAUGUGUGUAAAGGAGUGAAGAGGACCCUGGUGGGAACACUUCAAAAAGGGAAUGUGUGUGGCACUGGCCAGACUGAGGGUAAAGUGGCCAUCCUGUCCCGCUGUAAUGUGUCCGUGUUCAGCGAAGCUGUCAGGCUCACUGAUACCAACCCGCAGUGCAGACUGCACAUCGUAGGGGGUGUUGAUAACUUCGGCCUCAAGAGGAUUCUGGAUAUCUGGGUGCUCAUGCAGCCAGAAGAUAAGCGCAAGAAAGAGAACCUGUUCAUCCAGGACGCGUUCAUCCGGAGCUUCUCCCGGGAGAAGCUGGGUGGCUACGGGGGCCUGAAGCGCUACGCCCUGCACACCGAGGACCACGAGCUGGAGGGCAAGCUGGACGUGGUGGAGCGCUACCAUGCCCGCGUGCCCGAGCUCAUCAAGCGCAUCUUCGACUGCGCCGAGGGCAACCCUGCAUGCGCCGAUUAUAUCCUGGGGACUGUGCAUAAAGCCAAGGGACUGGAGUUUGACUCUGUGAUGGUGACGGACGACUUCAUGAAGUUAUCCACCCCGAGGCACGACCCUUCUAUGAUGUUCCCAGGAAAUGCUCCAUGUGAUGAGUGGAACCUGUUGUACGUGGCGGUGACUCGGGCGAAGAAGAACCUGACCCUCUCCCCCUCCAUCUGCAACAUCCUCACCAUGGUUGGGGAGUACUUCCUGAGGUCAGAGUUGACCAGUGUGCUUCAGCAGCAGAGCCCGUCUCUGUCGUGCUGCAUCAGAAACUGCCCAAACCUUCUGCCGACACGCUGCCCCGUCGCAAUGCACAAGCUGCCCGUCAAAUAUGGGAACCACGCGGUAAUGCAGGGGCCGGUGUGUGUCCAGUGUGUGCAGAAGCGUCUGGGCCCCAUGGCCUUCCUGCUGGAGCUCCAGGAGCAGCUGUGGGCCCAGGAGCAGGGUCAGCCCGAGGAGCAGCUCCGUGUGCCCGUCAACGUGGACAUGCUGGUGGAGCUGCUCUAGGGGUCACAUGACUGGUGGCCCUGCUCUAGGGGUCACAUGGCUGCUGGAGCUGCUCUAGGGGUCACAUGAAUGGUGGCCCUGCUCUAGGGGUCACAUGACUGGAGCUCUAGGGGUCACAUGACUGGUGGCCCUGCUCUAGAGGUCACAUGACUGGUGGCCCUGCUCUAGGGGUCACAUGUCUGGAGCUCUAGGGGUCACAUGACUAGUGGCCCUGCUCUAGGGGUCACAUGUCUGGAGCUUUAUUGACUUCAGGAGCCAAAACUGGAAACAUACACACAUGCCUGGACUGUCUUAUUGGAGCUGGUUUUGUAAUUAUGUGCACACAUACAGACAUUAAUUGAUUCCAUUCACAGACACACACACACGUGGUUCAUCAGAAAUGGUCCUCCUGACAACAUUUUGUAUCAUGUUGGCCAUUUGUGGGCUGUGGUGUAUAGAAGCCUACAUUUUUUUUUUAUAUCAAAUAUUGUUUUCUGUUUUUAAGACUUGAUGGUGGUUUUAUUGAGUUUGUAUAUUGUAUAUACUUCAUAGGUACUUUUCCAUAUUUAUUUUUGUCUGAAUGAGGAAACUGUGAAAAACUAAUCAGGUUGAUAUUUACUUCAGUUGGGAUGGAUUCUGUUUGAAACACUGUCCAUGUCCAUCUGUUGUGUUCAAUACUGCAGUUGGAGCUCAAAACUCACCUCGAUAAUACAUACUUGCAUACUUACUCACACUCAAGCAAACGGGCACAGGAAGAACUCUGUCUCACUGCCUUACAAUCCGCUACUGGGUCUUGUAUACUGGGGUCUUGGUGCUUGAAAAUAAAACAGUUGUAAACUUGA